AUGAGUACAUGUUUUUGUACACAGGAAACGCUGCCUUUUUUAGCAGCCUACACUAUCAAAAAAAGAAUCCACGCGACCAAAUCAAGAAACUUGAUUUUUAUUUUUAAUUUUUUUCACCCGGAAAAGAUUAGUUUUUUUUUGAGAAAGGGGAGGCGAGGGCCGGAGGAGAAGAAAGAGAAGGGGUGGAUUCCCACGAUGAAAGGAAGGUGCGGACGACGGACGUGCUUGAGCCACAAUUUUGAGAUCGAAAGAUCUAGUGGAGGACUGCAUAUGUACACACAUUUACAGGGAUCCCAAAUAUGCGGGAAUCAUUUGCUCUCUUUCACAUUCACAAGGAGAUUCAGAGAAGGUCACCAGGCAGGACUAGGAUCCGAGAUUCUCUGGCAUGAUAGAAGCCCCAGCCUUGCAGGCUGUGACAUUGGAGCCCCGCCAAUUGCAAUAUCGAGCAAGAUCCGAAUGAUUGAGCUGAGAUACGUGCAAAUGCCAUGUCCUGUGGAUAAUGUUGACUCUGAUGAUGUGUUGAGGGUUAGGGCUUAUGACUUGGUAUGCCUCGAUCACAGUACGGAGAAUAGAAAAUACAUGUACAUGCAUAUCUAG